UGUGCGUGCGUGCGUCGGUGCGUGCGUGCGUGCGUGGUGGCGUGCGUCGAGGUGACGGAGCGGGCCGGACGCGUCCCUUUGUUGGCUCAGCGGCGCCUGUGAGGAGCGGCGGCGGCGGCGGACGGGCGGGCGGGCUUGGUGUGGCGAUCGCUCCGCCGACACGAAAGGAGGCGUGCAAGGCCCGAAGCCUUCGGAUCCCGGUGGGGGGGGCAGGAGGAGGGCGCCGCCCCGCUCGCGGGCCCUUCUCCGCCCGCCUCGCGUGCUCCGGCUGCCGCCGCCCCCCCCUCACACCCCGCGCGCGCGCCCGCCCGCCCCUCCCGCCGCCAUGGACUCGGACGAAGGCUACAACUAUGAGUUCGACGAGGACGAGGAGUGCAGCGAGGACAGCGGCGCCGAGGAGGAGGACGACGACGAGCCCGACGACGACGACGAGCCCGACGACGACAACCUCGACCUGGGCGAAGUGGAGCUGGUGGAGCCCGGGCUGGGCGUGGGCGGCGAGCGCGACGGGCUGCUGGGCGGCGAGACGGGCGGCCUCGGGCCCGGCGGUGGUGGUGGUGGAGGAGGAGGCCUCGGCGGCAGCGGGCUAGGCGGGCCGGGCCCUGGUGGAGGCGGAGGAGGUGGAGGCGGCCUGGGCCACGAGCAGGAGGAGGAUUACCGCUACGAGGUGCUGACGGCCGAGCAGAUCCUGCAGCACAUGGUGGAGUGCAUCCGAGAGGUCAACGAGGUCAUCCAGAAUCCGGCCACCAUCACCAGGAUACUCCUCAGCCAUUUCAACUGGGAUAAAGAAAAACUGAUGGAGAGGUACUUUGACGGCAACCUGGAGAAGCUCUUUGCGGAAUGUCACGUCAUUAAUCCUAGUAAAAAGUCUCGAACACGUCAGAUGAACACCAGAUCAUCUGCCCAGGACAUGCCGUGUCAGAUCUGCUAUCUCAACUAUCCGAAUUCGUAUUUCACUGGCUUGGAGUGUGGACAUAAGUUUUGCAUGCAGUGCUGGAGUGAAUAUUUAACUACCAAAAUAAUGGAGGAGGGCAUGGGACAGACAAUCUCAUGCCCGGCUCACGGCUGUGAUAUCUUGGUUGAUGACAAUACAGUUAUGCGCCUGAUCACAGAUUCAAAAGUUAAAUUAAAGUACCAGCAUUUAAUAACUAAUAGUUUUGUAGAGUGCAAUCGACUGUUAAAAUGGUGUCCUGCUCCAGAUUGCCACCAUGUUGUCAAAGUACAAUAUCCUGAUGCUAAGCCUGUUCGCUGUAAAUGUGGCCGGCAGUUUUGUUUUAACUGUGGCGAAAACUGGCAUGAUCCUGUUAAAUGCAAGUGGUUAAAGAAAUGGAUUAAGAAGUGUGAUGAUGACAGUGAAACUUCGAAUUGGAUUGCAGCAAACACAAAGGUAACAGUCUCUUCAGCAAACUCUGUCCAGUCUUUCGCUGUCGGUGGCGGAGAAGAGGAACUGGUUAAGGAGUGUCCCAAAUGCCACGUGACCAUCGAAAAAGAUGGCGGCUGCAACCACAUGGUCUGUCGGAACCAGAAUUGUAAAGCAGAGUUUUGCUGGGUGUGUCUCGGCCCGUGGGAGCCGCAUGGAUCUGCCUGGUACAACUGCAACCGCUACAACGAAGAUGAUGCCAAGGCAGCAAGAGAUGCCCAAGAGCGCUCCAGAGCCGCCCUUCAGAGGUACCUCUUCUACUGCAACCGUUACAUGAACCACAUGCAGAGCCUGCGCUUUGAGCACAAACUCUACGCCCAAGUCAAGCAGAAGAUGGAGGAGAUGCAGCAGCACAACAUGUCCUGGAUCGAAGUCCAGUUCCUGAAGAAAGCGGUCGACGUCCUCUGCCAAUGCCGUGCCACGCUCAUGUACACCUACGUCUUUGCCUUCUACCUCAAAAAGAAUAACCAAUCCAUUAUCUUUGAGAAUAAUCAAGCAGACUUGGAAAAUGCUACCGAAGUCCUUUCUGGGUAUCUGGAACGAGAUAUAUCUCAAGACUCACUGCAGGAUAUAAAGCAGAAAGUGCAAGAUAAAUACAGAUACUGCGAGAGUCGGCGAAGGGUGUUAUUGCAACACGUGCACGAAGGCUAUGAAAAGGACCUGUGGGAAUAUAUCGAGGACUGAAAAGUGGCCUGCAUAAAACGAACUCUUGACAAAACCUUUUUUCCCCCCAUCUAGAAUGCUCAUACCAUUAAAACGAAACCCGCAUACACACACACAGAGAGACACAACAUAAGAAAAGGGGCGCCACGCCUAUUACACACCCGCUGGUCUGUAGUUAACCGGAAUUCUGUUUCGUUUUUUUUUCUUCUUUUUCUCUUUUUUUUUUGUUAAUGGAAAAAAAAAAUUAAGUAAAUUAUAUUGUAAUAAAAAAAAAGGUAGAUAAACCAUUGUGCAACAGUAUUCUAGGUGGCCAGUAACGUGUGACAGACGCACUAAAAACAAAAGCAAGGCCCCCCCUCCGACUUUUAACUCUGUAGCUUCCUUCCCUGAGCUCACUUUUUUUUUCUUCUCUCUCUCUCUCUCUCUCUCCUCCUCUGCAUACGACCGAUGAAAUUUAAAACGGUUUUUUUUGACGCUGCUGUUCAUGUCCAACCAGCCGUUUUGAUGUACUUUGAUAUGAGAUUUCCCGCCCCCUUCCCUCUCCCCCUUCCCUCUCCCCACCCUUCCGUAACAAAUACACACCAGUUCAUGGGUGGUGAA